UACUCAUCCGAAGAGUACAAACAGUUCACUAACGACUACAACUUCAUCCAUAACACUAUCAGCCCGAGAUACCCCCAGUCUGGUGGUCUACAUGAAAAGACAGUCCAAACAGUCAAGAACCUUCUUGAAAAAUGCAAAGUCGCCAAUCAAGACCCAUAUCUCGUGUUGUUAGAUUACCGCAACACCCCUAUAGAUGGCGUCACCCCAGCACAAGCCCUAAUGAGCAGACGACUCCGCUCACCCCUUCCCAUAUCCCAAAGAAAGCUUAAUCCAAAACCUGUCAACAGAACCACUUUCCACGCAGCACGUCAACAACAGCAACAACAACAGAGAAAACACUAUGACCGCACUGCUAAGUCUCUGCCACCAUUAGAAAAAGGUGAUGCAGUGAGAUUUAAGAAAGAUCCUCAAGCAGCAUGGACCCGUGGGACGGUGAAACGAAAGCACGAAGCACCACGAAGCUACGUAAUAAAGGGUGAGAACGGGACGGAAUAUCGACGGAAUCGCAGACAUCUACGAAAGACUAGAGAACAUCAAGCUGACCUAGACACACCGGAUAUUGACGAUCCCCAAGACCCGAUCCCACAACCAACAACCAAUGCAGAAAGAAACAACAUCCAAAUCCCAAUAGCGCCAAACCCACCUCAACUGAAGACAAGCCGUUAUGGCAGACGGAUAAACCAGAAUCCGAACUACAAGACGUGA